GCAACAUUUCAUUUGCAAUAUGGGUUUGCCUGACACACAGAGAGGAAGACAGCCAGGCUGAAGGGGUCCACCACUCAUGCAUCACGCGCAGCACAAAAACGACUGCAUGCCGGUGCAAUGGUGGUGUGGAAACACUUACUUACACCAUGGCGUGUGUCCUAGGGUCACACGGCUGGUUGGUCACAAACCCGCAUGUGGCCACCCGCCGAGUGGACACACACGACAUGUGCAUAUCGGUAUACAAGCAUAGGAACGAAGGCAAGAGGAGGGGGACACAGGCGCACUCCACCCACACGCAUGUCAGUCAGGGUCUGCUGGAGCCACCCAGCCCAAUCAGACAAGAGAAACACCAGCUCCGGUGAUUCACUGAGCCAGGUGCCGCCCGUCACACGUUGGCAACACACACAAAUGACACGGGGAGACAUGGAGAGUUACACAUCGGCAAACACACUUUUGACACUGAGUUCUCAAGACCACACACAGCAGAAAGAUGAGCGCCAGGGAGACACAUCCAGACAGACGACCGCACUAACCACCUGCCUCCCUCCCUCCCUGGUUAACGCAGAUGCUAAAAGCGUGACACACUCGUGCAGGCCGCUGCGCUUCGGAAAAUCAGCUGGCUCGGUGUGAGCCUUUGAAGACGGAAUGAACCGACCUUGCUGUGGUAUCUGCAUGUGCGGUGGUCACGAGAGCCCAGUGUCUGAACUCUCAAGAUCUCCACUCAUGCCGCACACGGCUGUGUCCUCGUGGCGAAAGCAGCACGACAUACAACGAAACACCCGAGACACGUGUACUCAGAAUGGGUGAGCGAUGCACACAGCAGGCUGACAGUAAUAUACAUAGACGCCCGCCACACCGUGGCGAAUGCACCACCCCUCCACACCCUUCUGAAUGCACGGGCCCCACUCAUAAACUAACGACCUCGGCCGUCUCCGCUGCUUGCGCUGACGGCUUGGCCACGUCAUAGCAGCCACGUGGCUUGCCCUCCGACUGCUCCAGGUACAGGCAGUACCACAGCAGCGCAUUGAUGUUCUCAGGCACAUCCAUGCCCACCUCCUGUUCAUUCACACACACACACAGAGGCAAUGCAUUGGUGCGAUGAAUGCCACGGUUCUGCUCUGCUGACCUUGUUUUCCCGCCACACAUCAGCGAAGGAAUCGGUUCUGUCCUGACCUGACACACACAUACAUGCAGAGACCGACAGACAGAUGGCCAAUGCAGCAAUGGACAGGCCACUCCCCAUUGACUCAGUGCUGACCGUGGCCGCAGUGGAAGUACAGCACGCGGGAGACAAGCACAACGUCGGAUCCAGUCCACCGAUCGGCAAGAUGAGCACAGCAUUGGGCAGUGCAGGCAGGCAGGAUAGGCAACGUGAUGUGGCGUGGCGUGGGAGACACGAGUGUUGGCACAUACGGUUGAGAGAUCCACUUGAAUAGAUUUCGUCAUGUCCGAUUCAAGAGAGAAAAAGGACCCCCACCGAUACCACAGAUGCCAUCCACCUACAUGCAUCGUGAGACAGGCAGGCAGACAGGCAGACCAUUAGACAGACAAAAAGGCGUCUUGGGGUCUUACAGGCCUCAUGGAUAAACAGAACCAAACGAACGUCACAUUGGCUAUGGCAGGCCUGGCUCACGGGUCAUGGAUAAAGCCAUCACAUCACAUCACGUCACGUCCAUCGGUCGCCGAGAGAUACAGCGACGGCACCACACCCAAUGCACUCACACAUGUGUGUGUGUGUGGGUGGACGUGAG